UCUUCACCACAAAGCCAUUACUGCUCCUAAUCAAUGGCGUCGCUGCAAAACUCUCCGUCACUUCAUCCUACAUUGUUCCUCAACUCUUUUUUCUCCCAGGUGGGACUAAGAAAGCAGGAUACUUUUUCUUGCUGCAGAAGAAGUAUUCCAGUUCUUAUCCGGGCUGGGCAAUCGUCAUCAUUAGCUUCCAGUACUUCUGUUCAAGAUUGUUGUGGGAGACGCCAGAUGAUUGCAGUUGGGGUCACUGCUCCUUUAGUUUCAAUGGUUAACCAAUCUCCAAUCUCAUUUGCUGCAGAAAAUAUAAAGGGAUUUCUGCCAGUCACAGACAAGAAAGAUGGAUAUUCAUUUUCCUAUCCAUUUGGUUGGGAAGUAUAAAUUUAUGUUUUGUGCUGUUAUAAUUUCUGAUGCACUAUUAUUUGUUAUUGCUAUUUUCUCAUACACAAUUAAUCAUAGACCACAUGUCAGUAACGGUUUUUCCCUCUUGCAAGCUGUCAGGAAGUAGUCAUUGAAGGUCAAGACAAGGUAUUCAAAGAUGUCAUUGAGCCAUUAGAAAGUGUUAGUGUAAAUGCGAUACCAACAGGCAAACAGGAUAUUCGAGAAUUUGGGUCCCCAGAACAGGUUGCCGAAACUUUAAUCAAGAAGGUUUUGGCCCCUCCUUCCCAGAAAACAAAGCUAAUUAAGGCUUCUGAGGUAAGUUCUAUACUUUGACGACUGGGGCCAAUGAGAGAAGAUGGGAAAAGAUGAAAGACCGACUAUACACUGUUGUAGACUCCUUCAAGAUAUUCAAUGUUUGAAGCACUUGUUCACAUCAAGUUAUCAGUUUGGGAACAAUAUAUUCUGGAUUGCAAGCACCUCUGUGUAUUGGCGGAGUACAAGGUCAUGUUCUUCCUUAUUUCAAGAUCUUCCACCUUUUUUUCCAUUUUCUUUCUGCAACUAAAGAUUCUUUAUAUAACUAUAUCAAAAUUGUUAUUCAAAAUGCAAAAGAACUGAGUCUUAUUCACUCAAUUUAACAUAAACCAUAUUGUCGUGGCUGUGAAUACACUGACAGUUGCUAA